AUGACAGUUGCCAUGGUUCUGGGCAUUGAUGAAGAGAGAGGACCCCUGCUUUACAAGUGUGACCCAGCUGGACAUUUUUAUGGUCACAAGGCAACUAGUGCUGGUAUGAAAGAGCAAGAAGCAAUCAAUUUCUUGGAGAAGAAAAUGAAGGAAAACCCUGCCUUCACAUAUGAUGAAACUGUGCAGACUGCCAUAUCCGCUCUGCAAUCUGUUCUUCAAGAAGACUUCAAGGCAACUGAGAUUGAGGUGGGAGUUGUAAGAGCUGAUAACCCUAUCUUCCGUUCCCUGGAAACGGAGGAGAUCGAGGAGCAUUUGACGGCCAUUAGUGAACGCGACUGA